UGUAUCAAGUUCCGGUGGCCGAACGAGCAGGGAUCACAGUUCAGCGUCGGAGCUGGAGCUAAUCGCAGAGAGCAGUGGCAUAUUAGACGAUUAACAGCGUGAGUUCUUCACACCAAACUGAAAGAAAAAAAUAAUAAUUCAAGUAUUCGUUAAAUUUCUGAAUUAGGGCUUGCAGUUGAACCAUCCAUCAAUAAUCAAGACACAUUAUAAUCCCUAUGCGUUCUGAAGACUAUUAGCUUUAAAAAUGGCUUUCGUUAAUGUGAUCAAUUGUUGCCUCGAUUCCAUCAGAGAAUUAUCUGAGGAACUUAAAGGUGCAGUAGUUUAUUUGGAUGCGGGAUGUACAGAAAGUUUCAAGUUUCUUGGGGCAUUCCCUGUUCUAUUGGAGAUGGGUGUACUUUCUGUUUGCAGCUUGGAGAGCAUGUCUUCUCUUGACAUGGCGAUUGAUUGGAAUCAGAAGAAUGAUGACCUCACAAAAGUAGUAUUCUUCACUUGUCGCCUUCUAAGUGAUGCACAUCGAUACAUUUUACGCUGUCUAACCACACUUCAAUGUGUUUCCCAGUGCACUAUAUACAUAUCUAUCUCAGAGACAGGUCACUCAGCUUACCCGGAUUCACCUUUAGGACCAGAUGCUUAUCAUGAAUAUCAAAUCUUACUUGUCCAAGAUUACGAGGAACUCAAGAAGAAAAACAAUCAAAACUCUAUACACAAAAAUAGCAACAAACCUAAGGAGAAUCCCAUCUUUGAAGAUGAAGGGUGGUUGCAGCUUACCCCCCGGUCAAUUUCUGAGGCGUAUUUAUCAGGUGAUCAAGAGAAUUCAAUUAGUUCAGGGUUGCCUCCUUUAAGUACUGGGACUUCUCAUGAUGGUGAGGAUAUACCUCCUGGGGUUGCUCUUACUGCUCAAUUUCUGUAUCAUUUGACAACAAAGAUGGACCUAAAACUGGAAAUCUUUUCGCUUGGUGAUUUAUCAAGAAGUGUCGGGAAGCUUAUAACUGACAUGUCUAGUCUUUACGAUGUUGGGCGUCGUAAAAAACCCGCAGGGUUAUUACUCAUUGACCGAACAGUUGACCUUCUUACCCCUUGUUGCCAUGGAGACACCCUCAUUGACCGGAUAUUUUCAUCCAUCCCCCCGUAG